AUGGGGGGAUGGGGAGACCCUGGUGAUGCUGGUGGCCUGGCUGGGUCCCCCCCUGACUGCUCUGUGCCCCCCCAACCCCCGCACCCCUAGGGUCUGUCUGGAGCCAGAGCCUGGAGUGCCCCCCGGCGGCUGUUGCCCUGGCGUGAGGGACCCAGCACCUUCCCCUCCACCUCUGGCAGGGGGACUCCCCAGGCGACAAGUUCCCAGUCCCUUCGGCUGCGCUCUUCCCCCGGCAAGCGCGCGGCCCCCCCAUGGCGGAGAAGGGCCCCUGCCCCGGGCUGGACGCCUCCCUGCGCAGCGAGGACCUGCUCAGCGACAUGGAGCCGCUGCCCCUCUCCGCCCCGGCCACGCCGGCCCAGCCCUUCGGCUCCGAGGUGACGGCCCAACUCUACACCUCCCUGCGCCGGAGCCGUCAGGCCGAGCUGGACGCCUGCUCCCAGCUGCAGCCGCCCGACCUGGACGCCCUGGCCGAGGAGCUGAACCGCACGCUUUCAGUCGGGGUGGAGGCUAGCGCCCGCAGAAAGCAGGGCGGCGAGUCGCGGCAUGUGGCCGAGAUGGAGACCGUGAGGUCGCGCCUGCGGACCAUGCUGCAGGAUUCCCGUGAACUGCCCUCUGCAGGGGGCGCCCUCGGCUUGGGCUUGGCAGAGCGGAAGGACGACGACUCCUUUGAGAGCGACAGUACCACUGCCCUCCUCGCCGCCAGGCCCCUGCAGGAGCUGUCCCCUCCCGGCUCAGUGUGCGGCCUGGAGGAGCUGUUUCCCCGCUACGCCAGCCUGCGCCUGGGCACCCCCCCUGAGCCCGCGCCUGCCACGGAGCCCCAGCUGCUGAAGGAGGCGCUGGCCAAGGAGCGGGCCCGCCGGAAGCACUGUGAGCGGCACGUGCAGGGCCUGCAGAGCCGGGCCCUGGAGCUGCAGCAGCAGCUGGCCGCAGCCAUCUCCGCUGACAUGAAGAAGGACAGUAUGAUCGAGCAGCUGGACAAGACCCUGGCCAAAGUGGUGGAGGGCUGGAACCGGCAGGAGGCGGAGCGGACGGAGCUGCUGCGCGGGCUCCAGGCGGAGAAGGAGGCGGUGCAGCGGGCGCUGAGUGAGCAGCAGGAGACGGCGUCGCAGCUGGAGGUGCGGCUGGAGCAGGCGCUGGAGGCCCUGAGCCGGGAGCAGCAGGCGGCGAGCCAGCAGCGUGAGGAGGCAGCACUGCUGCAGGAGGAGAAGGCGGGGCUGCUGCGGAGCCUGGAGGCGGAGCGCCAGCGCGGGGGGGGGCUGCAGGUGGAACGGGAGCAUGGGCAGCGCCAGCUGGAGGCGCUGCGGGCCACACUGGAGGAACAGCAGGCGGGCUGGGCGCAGCGGGAGCGCCAGCUGGAGCAGCGUUGCCAGGCCCUGCAGGACGAGAGCGCCAGGCAGCUGGAGCGAGAGAAGGUGGCCGUGCAGCGGGAGGCCCAGCGUGCCGCGGACGCCCAGCAGGUCCUGGCCUCAGUGCAGGCCGACGCCCAGCGCCUGGAGAGCGAGCUGGAGGCAGCGCGGAGUGAGCGGGACGGGCUGCAGAUGGAGAUCAGCCUGGUGAAGGCGCGGUGCGAGGCCCAGAAGGCGAAGCUGGAGGCAGAGCUGAAGGUGGCGCUGGAGCAGCAGGUGACGGAGAGGCUGGCGCGGGUGCAUGAGGACAGCCUGCGGCAGACGGGUGCCAUGCGGGAGCAGCACAGGAAGCAGCUGCUGGACCUCAGCGGGCACCAUGAGCGGGAACUAGGCAGUCAGCUGGCGCAGUUCCGGGCUGAGCUGGCCGAGCGCGAGGAGCGGCAGCGGCGCCUGGUUGAGGACUAUGAGCUGAGGCUGGCCAGGCAGGAGGAGUUGGCGCGGGAGCUGCAGGCCGGGAAGUGGCGGCUGGAGGCCCAGCGAGCGGACAUGGUGGCCCGGCUCCAGGCCAUGAUGCAGUCGCAUUGGAACGAGGCCCUGCGCGUGCUGACCGGAGAUUCCUCCUCGCAAUCUCCCGCCAAGGGUCCCCGCCAGCCUCCCGUCUCCGACGCCACCUCUCGCUCCGAGCCGGAGCGCCUGGGCCAGCCCCCCAGCCCCGCCCCUCCCGGGAAGCCGGAGAGCUGGCAAGAGGACCCCUGCAGCGGUGCCGGGGACGGCGACGGGGGCGGCUGGGCCUUCGUCCAAGCGGUGCCCCUGCAGCCCGUCACCCAGCGCAGCUCCCUGCCGGUGGCACGGGGCCCCGAGCGCUUCCUGCCCCUCGCGCCCAGCGGCUGCGUCUCCGUUGAGCUGGCCCAACUCCUGAACCAGAGCCUCCGGAGCCAGCGGGGCUUCCAGCCGCUGGAGCCGCAGCUCGACGACUCCGCCAGCCCAGGGCUGAGCUCGCACCCCCCUCACCUGGCGGAGCACCCCUACCCCGAGGACGAGGGGGGCCCCAGCGAUGGUGAGACCCCCCCGAACAGCAGCCUGGAGAGCGGGGGGCAGGUGCCCCCCAGCCAGCUGCACCCAGAGCUGCAGUACUACAUGGCGCUGCUGCUGGAGCAGAUGCCGAGUGACCCCCCCAGGCAGGAGGGGCCGGGGGGUGAGGGUCAGGCCCAGCCCCACACCCACCCAGGCUUGGCCCGGGAGGACCCCCCCUCGCUGUGGGAGACGCUCCGGCCCCACGGCCCCCAGCGCGCCACCCCCACCGCUGCCGUGCAGAAGACUAAGGUGCCGCUCGCCAAAGCCAGCUACGGGCAGCGGAACCUAGAUCCGCCGAGCCCCCCGCAGUGCCCAGCCGGGGGCGAGGGGGGCGUCCUGUCCCCCCGGCAGAUGGCUGAGGUCUCCCGCCUGCUGCGGCUGUACCAGGCCAAAGGCCGGGUGGCGCCCUCCUCCGAGGAGCUGUUCACCUACCUGCGCUCCGGCGACAGCAGCGGGCCCGACGUGAAGGGCGACGGGGGCCACGUGAAGCCGGCUGCCCGCAGGAACCUCGACCCCAGGCUGCCCGAGGCCGGCAGGAGAGAGGUGGGUCCCCCCCCGGCGCCCGGCCGGCGCCCGGCCCGGCCCUGAGAAGACCCACGGCGCUGCCAAGGGCGGGCGGAAGGCAGCCCAGCUCGGUGCCCGCACCGGCAAGGGGGGCGGCGUGUGGAGAUGAAGCGGGUUCCCCGUGGGGCGUCCUGAUGCCAUCACACCCUGCACCCCCUGGGCACAGACCCCCCACCCCUCGGUCCCAGGGGUCUCCCCACUGCCUGAGGGGCCCUGUUCUCAGCCCCAGUUCGCAUGUUGUGUUGGUGCCAGGGUGGCACAUGGGGCUGGGCUGUUCCCCAUUCGCACCGUGUUGCGUUGCUCUAAGUUAUUGCCCCCCCUGUUGGGGCGCUGUUGGUUAUUUUUCUAAAUAAAGAAGAGUUGGGUUUUGCAGCA